GGACCCAAAAAAAAAAAAAAUUUUUACAAAGGGGAAAGAGUUUUCCUUCCUUUUUAUCCUUCCCGGCUUUCCCUCCUACCAAACCCUGAGACACAAAUCACACAAUGCACAAGGCAACCAAGCAAGCCAAAGGGCGGAGCAGUAGUGGGUUGGCGCAAACCCACAGAGCAUUCCAGUUCAGUUCUGCAACUAGGGCGUCUGUUCUCUCUCCCCUUUAGGCGUCACCUUCUCAUCAAAUUCAAAUUCAAAUUCACCCAUCAAAUCUUCGUGGUGAAAUGGAGAACUUAGCUGCCAAUCAGCUUCCUGAAGUGGAUUCAUUGCCUGAUGGGUUUGUUGAGAGCUCUGCAGAACCCUUGGCUCCUCCAACUCCAACAUUUGAAGAGAAGCCAUGGGCAGAUGAUGCAGAGGGUCAUUUUUCAAAAUUGGAUUCAGGAUGUGAAUCAUUGGGAGAACUAGAAUCAAGUGAGGCCAAAUCAGACAAGACACAAAAAAUGAGAAAAUUUCCAGUUCUGUUAUCUGAGAAGGAUGGCUUAAAUUCCCCUGAGCAAUCAGUAGAAGUGCCCAACAGGGGCUGUUUGGAAGAAAGUGAUGGCAUAUUGGGCAUGCCCGAGUCGUCUGAUUCCUUUUCUGGGGCGUCAGCAAGGGUAGUGGGUGAGCUAUCACCUGCCUCUUCCCAUGGCGAAGAACAAGUCGAUGGGAAAUAUCAGAGUUCUGAGAAAUCCAUUAAAGGGGGUUUGGACCCACAAGCAACCCAUCUAAAGGAGACAUAUUCAUCAGAAAGCACCGAAUUGAAGAGCCGAAAGCUAGAAACAUCUGAAGUUAAACGCAAGAAUGCAAAGCGUACCUUUAAAUCUGAGAGAGAGUUUCUGGAGUUCACUUUGAAGUAUCAACAAGUUCUUGCAGAAAGAGAUGCAGCCAUUGCUGUUCGAGAUAAGCUCGAGUCUCUAUGUAGAGAGUUGCAACGUCAGAACAAAAUGCUAAUGGAUGAAUGCAAAAGAGUGUCCACUGAGGGGCAAAAUUUGAGAUUAGAUUUAUCAACCAAAUUUCAUGAUGCAAUAAAGGAUGUAAGCAAUAGGCUGGAAGAACGAAAGGAGGAAUGCCUCUCUCAGCUCAAGGAGAAUGAGAUGUUGAGAAGCAAGUUGAAGCAGCUCACUGAUCAAUAUGCUCUCUCUGAACAGCAAUUUACACAGAAGUUAAAGCAGAAAUCUCUGGAACUUCAGCUUUCUGAGCUGAAAAUUCAACAGCAUGAAGAAAAAUUGAUUCAGGAACAGUCCCAGAUUAAGCUUUAUGCAGAACAGGUUUCGCAGUUAUUGGCAACUGAAAAAAAUCUGCGCUUACAGUUGACAGCUGAUGGAGAAAAGUUUCAGCAAUUCCAGGAUGCGCUGUUAAUGAGUAAUGAGGUCUUUGAAACUUUUAAGAAAGAGAUGGAGAAGAUGACAAAGUCCAUCAAAGAACUUAAGAAGGAAAAUAUUUUCUUGAAGAGAAAAUGUGAGAAAUCAGAUGUUACUCUCAUAGAACUUGUUGAGGAGCGCGAGCACUUGAAGAAACAACUGGAGAAAACAAGGAGCAAGAAAGAAAAGCUGGAGUCAUUGUGCAGAUCGCUCCAGGCAGAAAGGAAACAGAGCUCAAUUGGGACAACUUAAACAGAAGAUUUAUAUGGAUCUAGCUCACUGUUGACACCACUUCCAUAACAAAUGUGAUUUCCAAGAAUUGUAAUACAAACCACGGAACUUUAUGAGUGUAUUGUUGAAUAAAGGAUCUUCGCGUUCAUGGUAUUCUAUUAUUACAUGAUAUUCUAGCUGACGAACCCUCACAUUACAACAGACGUUGAAGCCUUUUGAUUCAUCUGUAAUUCAAAUCUUUUGAUUGCAUAUGGAAACUUAUAUAGUUAUUAAUGCUUGUUUUCCAGAA